GCGUGGUUGAAGUCUGUUUUUUUGGAUCAAAACAAUAAUAUGGAUUAUUUACAAUAAAUUGAUGCUGUCAAUUAAUAACUAUAUCCAUAACUAAUGUAGUGGUUAUUAGUUCAUAAAGUGACGAGUUUUCAUCGAAAUAUUAAGGAUGUCUACUGCAAAAUCAAAAAUGCCUUUUCAUUCAGUAAAACGAGUACAAUUUGGAAUACUCUCUCCUGAUGAAAUUCGGCGUAUGUCUGUCACUGAGGAAGGAAUUCGAUUUACGGAAACAUUGGAAAAUGGAAAACCAAAGCAAGGAGGACUCAUGGAUCCAAGACAAGGAGCUAUUAACGAGAAAUCACGAUGUCAAACAUGCGAUGGACAAUUACCUGAAUGUCCAGGUCACUUUGGUCAUAUUAAUUUAGCCAAACCUGUCUUUCACAUCGGCUUUCUCGCAAAAACGAUAAAAAUUCUCAGAUGCGUCUGUUUUUUCUGCUCGAAACUCUUAAUUUCUCCAAGCGAUCCAAAUAUCAGGAAAAUAUUCACCGAAACGGAAGAUCAGCCUGGUAGACGUCUGACACUAAUUCACGAUUUGUGCGUAACGAAACGAAAAUGUGGUGAUAAUUCAAAGGAACUUUACGGUUGUGGUCAGUAUCAACCGAAUUUCAAAACAUCUGGUCUCGACCUUCAUGUAAAAUUUACACAAACUGGAAAAGAAGAAGAAGUACCGCUAACUGCAGAAAGAGUUCAUGGAAUUUUCAAAAAUAUCACCGACGAAGUUUCUUUGAUUCUUGGUAUGGAUCCAAAAACCUCACGUCCCGAAUGGAUGAUUUUGACUGUCCUGCCCGUACCUCCAUUGUCAGUUCGUCCAAACGUUAAAUCGAAAAAUUCAUCUGUUACGAAACAAGACGAUUUAACAACAAUAUUAUCAAACAUCGUUAAAAUAAAUCAAUUACUAAUCGACAAAAAUGAUAAUAAUCCAGAAAAUGUAAAACUACUGCAAUUUCACACUGCCCUUCUGAUUAAUAAGGAUCUUCCAGAAUUGUCUUCAGAAUUAAAUCCAGAAAGAAAUUUAAAAAAAAAGAAACCUUUGAAAUCUCUAACAGAACGUUUUAAAGGCCAGAAAGGCAGACUUCGUGGUAAUCUACUGGGUAAAAGUGUAAAUUUCACAGCACGCUCGAUAAUCACCCCGGAUCCCAAUCUGCGAAUUGAUCAAAUAGGCAUUCCUCCAAGUGUUGCCAAAAAUUUGACAUUUCCCGAAAUUGUCACACCAAUAAAUAUCGAAAAAUUACAAAAGAUUGUCAAAAAGGGCGAUAAAAGUUAUCCAGGAGCUAAAUAUAUUGUCACAGAUAAAGGCGAAAUAGUAGAUCUCAAAUCAAACAAAGAAGAUUGCGAAAUUAAAUGUGGAUAUAGAGUUGAAAGACACAUUUGUGACAAUGAUUUAGUUGUUUGUAGUGAAAAAUUUAAUAUGAAGGGUUACCGAGUUAAAGUAUUACCUUGGAGUACAUUUCGAUUAAAUGUCAGCAGUGCAUCGGCCCACAAUGCUCUUUUCAAUUCCGACGAAAUAAACUUGCACGUUCCCCAGUCAUACGAAACUAUAGCCGAAGUGGAAAAUCUUGAUAUGAUAGCGGGUCAAGUUAAGACACCAAAAACGAUGAAAUCGAUAAUAGGUGUUGUCGAGGAUGCAUUACUUGGCGCGUUUAAAAUAACACAAAAGGAUGUUUUCAUUGAAAAGAGUGAUUUCAUGAAUCUUCUAAUGUUCGUCUCGAAUUGGAACGGAGUGAUACCACAGCCUUGUAUUUUAAAACCAAAACCCCUUUGGAGUGGAAAACAAAUAGUUUCUCUAUUAAUUCCGAAAAAUUUUAAUUAUGAUGAACAUGAUGCAAUGGAGAAAGAUGAAGGCAUUAAUUACUUCCUAGAGGAGAGUACUUUUCCGGAGGAUGCUUUUCUACUGAUCAAAAAGGGACAACUUCUAACCGGUGUUUUUCGUCGAUACACAAUUGCUCUGAAAUACGAUUCCAUUCCAUAUUGUUGUAUGAUGAAUUUUGGUCAUGAAGUGUGUGUAAGAUUUUGUCAGGAUCUUCAAAAAGUUACAAACAAUUGGUUAUUACUUGAGGGACAUUCAGUUAGUGUUGGUGACACUAUUGCCAAUCCUAAGAGUUAUAGAGAAAUCCAGAAAAUAAUUAAAAAGGCCAAAGACGAUGUUAAUGAAAUGAUGGAACAGUUUUAUUAUUCGGAAAUAGAUUGGAGUUCUUUUCAUUUACAAUCCUUUGAAACUCUGCUAUCAAUAAAUAAACCAAUUCGCCUUGCAUUGAUAGAACAUUUACCAAAAAAGAACAAUUUUUUGAUAAUGGCAAAAGCAGGAUCAGCUGGAAACUAUAAAGAACUAGCAAAAAUUUUUGGCUGUCAAGGACAACAAACUGUGCAGGGUAAACGUGUACCUUUUGGCUUCUGUAAACGUACUUUACCACACUUUGUAAAGGAUGAUUAUGGUCCAGAGUCAAGAGGUUUCGUUGACAAUUCCCAUCUCUCUGGUUUCACACCUUCGGAAUUUUAUUUUCACGCUAUGGAGGGUCGAGAUUUUCUCAUUGAUUCUUACAAGAAAUCUGAAGAUGUUGGACGCAUGCAACGUAAUUUGGUGAAGGCUAUGGAAUCAGUAAUGAUUCAUUAUGAUGGAACGGUGAGGAAUGCAGGAAAUCAGUUGCUUGAAAUCGAUUAUGGUUUUCAUAAUGAAGUUAUCGUAGAUAAAAAUGAAUAUUCUGUUCUAUUGAAAAAUGAAGAAUUUGAAAAAGAAUUUAAAUUCGAUCUUACGAAUGAGCGCGUGCGUGAUAAAUUUAAUGAAAACAUUUAUCGCGAUAUGAUGAAUUCGGAGGAACUUAUUUCCGAAUUGAAAAAGGAAUUUGAUCAAUUGUGUGAAGAUAAAGCAGUGUUUAGAGAUAGAUGGUCUUAUUAUCACGUUACACUUCCUUUUAAUUUGGAACAAAUGAUUUAUGUUGCACAAAAUAAUUUUCAUACGAAAAAUGUGCCUUGUGAUUUGAAUCCGUUGAUGGUUAUUCAAGGUGUUAGGGAUCUUCUAGAAAAAUGUGUUAUUGUCAAUAGAGAUGAUAAAUUCAUCAGAAAAAUAAACAAGAAUACAUUUUUUCUAUUUCGAUAUAUCGUGAGAUUAAAAUUGUGCACCAAAGCCGUCUGUGAAAAAUAUCAACUCUCAAGCCAAGCCUUCGAGUGGUUGAUUCGUGAAAUAGAAAAUCGGUUCCAUCAGGCACUUGCUCCACCUGGUGAAAUGGUGGGUGUUUUAGCUGCACAAUCAAUUUGUGAUUCUCUUCCAUACAUGAGAUAUAACACUAUUGUCCAUUACCGUACAUCAGAGUUCAGGAAGAUCCAUGGCGUAACUAGAUUAAAAGAAAUUAUCAGUUGCAGUAAAGUGCUGAAAUAUCCAUCAUUAGAAAUUCAUCUGAAACUUGAGAAUUUAUCAAAUGCCGAGGUAUUUUUAGCAGCUCUCUCUCGUAUUGAACAUACAACACUGAACAAUUUGUUAUUAAGUUCUGCAAUUUAUUACGAUCCUGAUAUCAACAAUACCGUUAUUCCUGAGGAUCAAGAAUUCGUAAAUGUCUUUGAAGAAGUUGACGACCUCGAUCCAUCGAGUUUAUCGCCGUGGUUGCUUCGCUUCGAAUUGGAUCGAAAUAAAAUGUUACGAAAAAGAAUAAAAAUGGAAAAUAUUGCUGGUAAACUGCAUUCAAUAUUUGGUGACGAUUUGAAUGUCAUGUUUAAUGACGACAGUGCGGAGCAUUUGAUUCUUAGAAUUCGAAUAGUCAACGGUGAUGAUGAACUUGAUGAUAAAUUUGAAGAGAGCAGGAAAACGACUGACGAAGUUGAAUGUGAAGAUGAUGUCUUCUUGAAAGGCAUCGAGUCUUUUAUUUUAAAUGACAUUUCCAUUCAUGGUCAUGAAAAGAUUAAUAAAGUGAACAUACAUGAGGAAUUUUUUGAACUGAGAACAGAAGGUACAAAUUUAAUGAAAGUAUUGAUCGAUAAAGAUGUUGAUUCAAAGAAAACAAUUAGCAACGAUAUUCACGAGAUUUUUAAUGUACUGGGUAUUGAGGCUGCUAGAAAAUCUAUAGAGAAUGAGAUGUCUGAAGUUCUUCCUUACUAUGAAGAUUAUAGAAAGCGGCAACAUUUUAUUCUGCUGAGUGAAAUUAUGACUGCUUAUGGCCAUCUGACGCCUAUCAGUCAUCAUGGAUUUGAUAGAGAAGAUAUUGGAGCAUUCCUGAGAUGGUCUGCGAAAGAAAAUGAAGACGUUUUGUUUGAUGCUGCUUGUCAUGGAGUGGUCGAUCCUCUGAAGGACGUUACAGGAAAAAAUAUUCUGGGACAAUUGCCUCGCAUUGGCACUGGUUGCUUUGAUUUGUUACUUGACAAUAAAAGUCUACAACGAGAAACGGAUGCACAAUAGCUGCUUCAGAUAACGCUAUUAAAAAAAUAAGACUGAAGAGAAUGUCUAAGUACUUUUUUAAAACAGUUUUAAAAGAAGCUGUUAUUUUAUAGUUUUAAUUUAAUUUAUGUUUAGU